AUGACAGAUUAUUCCUCGUGGACAGUGAUUCAAUUGAAAGAUAUGUUGAGAGAAAGAAACUUGAGUGUUCAAGGGUUGAAAAAUGAAUUGGUCGAACGUCUAGUUAAUGAUGAUGCAGCUAAUACAGCCUCCACUGACGCUCCAAAAGAAUCUGAGCCAGCCCCUGCCGUUGCAGAAGCUGCCCCAAUUGAAACUCCAAAUGAAGAAGAACCAUCCAAUAAGCAAGUAGAAUCCACUACUACUGAUGCUACAGCUACCACUGCUGCUUCUGCUGCUUCUGCUUCUGCUUCUGCUUCUGCUCCUACCGCUGCUCCUGCUGCCGCCACCACUGCCACCCCUCAAGAAAAGAAUACUUCAGGGGAGGAAACUCAAAAAGUACAAGAUUCCAAACCAGUUGAAGAAGAAAAACCAAAGACUAUCGAAGAGAUUAAAGAAAUGGCUGUAGCCCAUUUGACCACUAAGCUACAUAGAUUAGAGAAGUUUUCAGACGAUAAAAACGCCAUUGACCAGUUGAAAAGAGAAAUUACCAGAGUAAAUAAGUUUGGUGUCGAUAUGCAUUCCGUAUUAGCCAGAGAAUUAGGAUUGAUCAAACAAGAUAAAAAGAUACGCCAGGACCCAAAUAAUAGUAAUAAUAAUAGAAGAAAUAAUAGAGUCACAAAGGGCGGCAGUCAUAGAAAUAAUAAUGCUGGCAGAAACAACAGAAGCAGAAAUAACAACAACAAUAAGAGAUUCAAUCGUUCAAGAGCUUAA